GGAUGAACUCUCCAGACUUUGACAACCAGACACUGGCAGCGCUGAGAGGCCGGAUGGUUCGCUACCUUAUGAGGUCACGAGAGGUGAGCAGCUCAUUUCAGAUUUACCAGUUAACUGAAUUUACAGUACAGACUGUCCAAUACCAAAUUAUAUUAGCACCAUAGUAAGAUGACUGUGGAGCAGGUUAAUUAUACGGAAAUGUAUGCUUACAAAAUAUGAAAACAUAUGCACACUUGACUGUAAAUUGCUUUGGACUGCUAAAUGCCCUAUAUUUUAUUAAGCUAAUCUGACUGUUCCUCUAGAUCACCCUGGGCAGAGCCACCAAGGACAAGCAGAUAGAUGUGGAUCUGUCUCUGGAAGGACCUGCAUGGAAGAUCUCCAGGAAACAAGGUGACUCACUUACUACAUCACCUGCAGCACCAUGACAUGGUCCUCAUUUAACACUGGUUGUGUCUGAAAUGGUACCCUAUGGGGUGGCCCUAUGAGCCCUGGUCAAAAAUAGUGCACUAUGUAAGGAAUAGAAUGCCAUUUCAGACGCACCCCCUAUCUGCAUUACCUGGGUCUGAAGCUGAAGAACCUGUAUUAUCUGGACUCUAGAGGGCAGUGCUUGCCUUGUCCUCACGUCACCUUAGUGAAAUUAUACCCUGUUAAAAUAUUUUUUAUUUUUAAUUUUUUAUUAAAAUGUGACUGUUUUCUGCUAAACGUCGAUCAUGUAGUAAUAUUAUUAGGACUUAAUCUAGUUUGUCAUUGUGUGUUUAUAACUGGUAAUAAUGUACAGGGAUCAUUAAACUGAAGAACAACGGGGACUUCUUCAUAGCCAACGAAGGCCGCAGGCCCAUCUACAUAGACGGCAGACCAGUCUUGUCUGGCUACAAGUGGAAACUCAACAACAACUCUGUGGUGGAGGUGUGUGGAGGGUUCUGGACAACUUAAAUGGCAGGGGAUAUGAUAGGGGAGCUGGUGCAAGAAGAUUGAGAUUGAUAAAUCUGUUAAAAUUGGCAAAAGGUAUUUUUCAUAAACAACAACAGCCACCUCUUAUAAUACAUGAACCUCACAACAAGUUGUUUGUCUCUCCAGAUUGCAGGUCUUCGUUUUGUGUUCCUGAUCAACCAGGAGCUGAUCUCACUCAUCAAGGCAGAAGCAGCUAAGAUGAACCAGCAG